AUAAAAAGUUAAACCAUGCGUCGCCGUCCCCUACCAUCGGUUCGUGAGGACUCGAACACAAAAUACUGGCGCAGUAUCUGCGAUAACGAGUGGGCGAUAUAUGCGCUUGUAGCGUCAGUGGGUGCGUUAACUUAUUCGAACAGUUUGCACGGCGAGUUCGUGCACGACGAUAUACCCGCCAUAGUGACGAACGCAGAUGUGACUGGCGCGAACCCCGUAGUGAAAAUAUUCAAGAAUGACUUCUGGGGUACGCCUAUGUCGGACACGGGGAGUCACAAGUCAUACCGGCCGCUUACUACGCUUACGUUCAGAUUGAACUACGCCCUCUGCGGGCUAUCGGCGUGGUGGUGGCAUGCGUGUAAUGUUGCGCUGCACGCCGCGUGCUGCGCGUUAGUCGCGCGUGCCGGCGCGGUAGUCGCACGUCUGCAGCGGCCCUUCGCUGCGCUCGCAGCUCUGUUGUUCGCCGUUCAUCCUGUUCACACUGAAGCGGUAUCAGGAGUGGUAGGCCGUGCCGAUGUGUUGGCGUGCGUUUUCUUUCUCUCUUCUCUUCUCCUUUAUCACGGGUCAUCGGGUCGCCGCCGCGUUUGGUCCAGUGCAGUGCUGGCAGGGCUCAGCAUGCUGGCCAAGGAGACCGGCCUCACUGCGCUGCUUCUCAACCUGGCCUUCGACUUCUACAGGAGCUGGAACUGCAUGAGCAGGUCACCAGCAAAAUGUCGCUGGAAAGGAGACUCAGUAUGGAGCAGGGUCGUUAAAGGCCUUCUAGUUUUAAUGCUGUUGGCUAUAGGAAGACUGGCCCUUCUGCAGGGUUCCUUGCCCGCAUUCUCACCACAGGACAACCCACCUGCCUUCCACCCGUCAUUUGCAAUCAGGCUAAUGACAUUCUGCUACCUGGCAGCGUUCAACUGGUGGCUUCUGUUGUGCCCGUGGACCCUCAGUCACGACUGGCAGAUGGGCUCAGUGCCUCUGAUCACCAGCGGCUGGGAUCCGAGGAAUCUGGUCACGUGUGCAGCGCUGAUUGCACUCCUCGCGCUUUCUUACCGCUGCUUGAUGGAUUUAGAGCUACAGCGGCAUUCUCCCCUGGUGGUCGGUUUAAUGUUACUGGUGGUACCAUAUCUACCGGCUUCUAACUUGCUAGUGACAGUUGGUUUCGUGGUAGCUGAAAGGGUCUUGUAUAUUCCAAGUGUCGGGUCUGUUGUGAUCACAGUGUAUGGAAUUCAAUUGAUGUGGAAGCAAGGCGGCAAUAGUAGAAGGCUUCUUAUUUUGAGUAUUGCUAUCCUUGUCGCUUCUGGCGCGGCGAGGACUUUUCUGAGAAAUAGGGACUGGAGAACGAGAGAGAGUUUACUGAGGGCAGACCUGGCAGUUCUUCCACAUAAUGCUAAACUGCAUUAUAACUUUGCAAACUUUCUGAAGGACAUCGAACAACAGGAGAACGCUAUCAAACACUACAAAGAAGCAUUAAAAUUGUGGCCAAGUUACGCCAGUGCACACAACAAUCUCGGUACGUUAGUCCUGGCAUCUGGUCGAGCGGAACAUCACUUUCUGCAAGCCCUAAAAUAUAACAGAGAUCAUGUCAAUGCACACUACAAUCUAGCUAAACUUUAUCGAAAGAAGAAUCGCAUACCUGAAUCGCUAAAGAUGUUGGAACGCUGCAUAUCACUCGAGCCAAGAUUUGUGCAAGCGUAUCUAGAACUGCUGCAUUUAACUCCAGAGAACGAAAAAAAAACUACUCUGGAACGAUUACUAGAGUUGGAGCCUAAAAACUGGGAGCAUUAUCAUCUAUAUGGAAAUUGGUUGAAACGAAGAGGUCUAUGGCCACUAUCGCUGGCCUACUAUUCGACAGCUCUACGGUUGUCGCUCGACAAGGGCGAGCGUGGUGCGUUGCCUUCAUUGCGUGCCGCAUGUCUUGUGUUGAGGAAUGCUGGCCAACAUUCUAGAUUACUUCAAGUCCUUACCAGGUGGCAAAGCGCGGGCGGCGGCGCGGCGGCGGCGGAGCGCAGGCGCGCGGCGGCCGCCGCGUGGAGGCUUCGCAGCGAGCUCGAAGGCCGGGCGGCCAAGUACGCGCGGGCGCCGCUGAUGACAUCCACCUGUCUCCACCACAGCCAGCUGGAAGUGUCACCAGAUUAUACAAACAAAAUAGUGCACAGAGACUCGAGAACAAUCGCGAGCCAACCCAGUGUUCCUUUAGAUAUAACAGAUAAAAUAAAAUCUAGUUGCCAAAAAUAUAUGUACAAGAAAAGUGUAUCAAUAUCCGCUCAUUACAAGCCUAUUCAUAAUAAAUCCGAAACCGGCGUGAAACAGAAGAGCUGUCCUUUACACAAAAAGAAAAAGAUCAAAGACCCGGACAGACUGCCCUUCGUCACAGACCACUUGAUAAAGACUUAUUAAUUUGUAAGGUUUAUUAGAAUUUUAAGGUAGUCUUGAAUAACAUAAAUUCUUUGGAGAUCGAUAUUGCGAUUUCGAUCAGUUAGUUCUUCGAUCUACGAGCGCCGCCAGUUACCACUGUAGCUGUUAACGCAACAUAUGUAGCGUUCCCCACACUGAGACGGUGGCGGUUGCGGUCAGUUGUGGCAGGAGUAUACAGAGGUUAACGAUAGAGACAGUGUGUCUUAAAAAAAAUAUUUUGAUGUCUCCAAUUUAAUAUG